UCUCUCUCUCUCUCUCUCUCUCCCCCUUCUAACGUCAAAACAAAAAAGCUUAAAAAACUCUCGAAUUUCCCAGAUUAUAAUCACCUUAAUGUACACAGAUUUUCUGUGUAUCUUUCUCCUCCUAAUUCUGAUUCUUUGUCAUGCACACAACCACCUUCAUGACCAUGAAACCCUGUUCCAGAAUCCUCAUCCACCGCCGAAACACUGCUUUUUUGGCCUUCCCAUCUCCCAAAUGCCACCAUUCCACUAAUGUCCCAUCAAAUUCUACAUUCAAUUUUCACCAAACCCGUAAAUUCCAUCCCUUCUCGCCUCAAAUUUUGCGUUUUCGAUGCGUUUUCGAUCGAACCCAGAAACCGUUUUGUGCCUGUUGGGACCAAUCUAGUGUUUUCUCUAGCACUUGUAAUGGUGGUAUUGCAUUGAAUUGUAGAAAUUUUUCAAGUUCAAUUGGUACCCAUGUGAAUGAAAAGAGCUUUGACAGGAUAUAUGUUCAGGGUGGUGUGAAUGUGAACCCUUCAAUAGUUGAAAAUACAGAGAGAGAUGAGGAAUUUAGGGUAGAAAAUGAUGGUCAAAAUGUGACUAAUGAGAAUUCAAAAGGUUUGAAUGAUGGUAAACAAGAGUCUGAUAUUGAGAGGGAGGCAUGGAAGUUAUUGAGGAAUUCGGUUGUGACAUAUUGUGGGAGCCCAAUUGGGACAAUGGCGGCGAAUGAUCCGGCUGACAAGCAACCGCUUAACUACGAUCAGGUCUUCAUUCGCGAUUUCGUUCCGUCUGCCUUGGCUUUCUUGCUUAAAGGAGAGGCAGAGAUUGUGAGAAAUUUCCUUCUUGAUACCUUGCAAUUGCAGAGUUGGGAGAAAACAGUGGACUGCUACAGCCCAGGGCAAGGGUUGAUGCCAGCAAGUUUCAAAGUUAGAACAGUGCCUCUUGAUGAAAAUAAGUUUGAUGAAGUUUUAGACCCAGAUUUUGGUGAGUCAGCUAUUGGCCGUGUUGCACCUGUGGACUCUGGGUUGUGGUGGAUUAUCUUAUUGAGUGCUUAUGGGAAGAUCACUGGUGACUAUACUCUACAAGAAAGGGUGGACGUCCAGACAGGCAUACAUCUCAUUUUAAGCUUGUGCCUGUCUGAUGGAUUUGAUAUGUUUCCUUCCCUAUUAGUCACUGAUGGCUCCUGCAUGAUAGACCGACGGAUGGGUAUCCAUGGUCAUCCGCUUGAGAUUCAAGCUUUGUUCUACUCAGCUCUGCGGUGCUCCCGGGAAUUGCUCUCCAAAGAUGAUGGAUCCAAGAAUUUGGUGACAGCCGUAAACAAUAGACUUAGCGCGUUAUCAUUUCACAUUAGGGAAUAUUAUUGGGUUGAUAUGAAAAAGGUCAAUGAGAUUUACAGAUAUAAGACGGAGGAAUAUUCCACUGAUGCCACUAACAAGUUUAAUAUUUACCCCGAACAAAUCCCUCAUUGGCUAGUGGAUUGGAUUCCAGAGGAGGGUGGUUAUAUGAUUGGCAAUGUACAGCCAGCUCACAUGGACUUCAGGUUCUUCACACUUGGAAAUCUCUGGUCCAUUGUUUCGUCUUUGGGUACUCCAAAACAAAAUGAAUCUAUUUUGAAUUUGAUUGAAGCCAAAUGGGAUGACCUUAUGGGGCAUAUGCCUCUUAAGAUAUGUUACCCUGCUUUGGAACGUGAAGAGUGGCAUAUAAUCACGGGCAGUGACCCAAAGAAUACCCCUUGGUCUUAUCACAAUGGGGGAUCUUGGCCAACCCUUCUAUGGCAGUUCACAUUAGCCUGCAUGAAGAUGGGCAGGCCGGAACUUGCAAGGAGAGCACUUGACUUGGCUGAGAAGAGGCUUGUGGUGGAUCGUUGGCCUGAAUAUUAUGACACAAGAAAUGGAAAAUUUAUAGGAAAGCAAGCUCGACUUUACCAAACAUGGUCAAUUGCUGGGUACCUGACUUCAAAAAUGCUUUUGGAAAAUCCAGAGAUGGCUUCUCUUUUAUUCUGGGAGGAAGACUAUGAACUUCUAGAGAUUUGUGUAUGUGCUCUUAGCAAAUCUGGCCGCAAAAAAUGCUCUCGAGGUGCGGCAAAGUCUCAAAUUCUUGUUUAAAAUUCUUUUGUACAAACCCCACUGCAUAAACAUAGGGAAAUAAAGUUUGUCGAUAGCAUUUUCUUAGCAGAAAAUUUCACAUAAAAACCUUCUGUUUUUGUAACAUUUUAGUGUAGAAUAUUCAUUGAUUUGUUGCCUGAUCAAUUACACAAGUUGAUCAGUGCUAGAAGAUUGAAUAACUGUUUUUUGGAGAGCCAAAAAAUAGUAAUGUGGCUCCUUUUGAUCAUCUGUAUGUAUAAAUAUUACGUAACAGUUACUACACAUUUACAUUUU